AUUACUGUUUUCAUGACAACCAUGAACCAAUUCAACUAUAAAUAACCUCCACUAAUAAUAAUUCCUUCCCUCUUCCCUUCUCCUUCCUCAUUUUAAACAACGCUCGUCGUCCUCAAUCCUCAUCCAAAAUUCACCCUAAGACCCGCUUGCCCUCUCCGUAAACGGGUCAACUCAUCUACUUAUCUCUCAAAAUGGAUCGACCCAGAUUCGUGAUCGACUCCGCCGAAGCCGAACAGAUGGCCAAACAAUCAGGCCAAACCGUGCUCCAACUCCUCCCGUCGUUGGUCAAAUCCGCCCAGACCUUGGCUCGCCCGCCAAUCUCAAAAUAUCACGUCGGAGCAGUCGGAAUGGGGUCCUCUGGUCGGAUCUUUUUGGGAGUCAAUCUGGAAUUCCCUGGUCUUCCCCUCAACCAAUCCGUCCACGCCGAGCAAUUCCUCAUCACCAACCUUUCCAUCAAUGCGGAACCACGUCUUAAGUACCUCGCCGUCUCCGCUGCCCCUUGCGGCCAUUGCCGCCAAUUCCUCCAAGAGCUCCGUGGCGCCCCCGAUGUCAAGAUCCUCAUAACUUCGUCGGAAGACGAAAAAGAAAACAAAAUAAACAACAAUUGUAAUGUUAACGACCAAGAAUUUACUCAUUUGUCCCAUUUUUUACCUCACAGGUUCGGCCCAGACGAUUUGCUAGAAAAAGACGUCCCUCUUCUCCUCGAGUCUCAUCGAAACGGCUUGUGGUUUCGCAGCGAUUUAUGCAACGGAAAAAUCAUCGAUGGCGAUGACUUAAAACACGCGGCUCUUGAAGCGGCCAAUAUGUCCCACGCGCCUUACAGCGGGUGUCCAUCUGGGGUGGCGUUGCUGGACGUUGAAGGGAAGAUAUAUAAAGGGUCUUACAUGGAAUCAGCUGCUUAUAACCCCAGUUUGCCGCCUGCUCAGGCGGCGAUCGUGGCUUACGUGGCGAACUGUGGCGGAGCAGGUUAUGAGAGGAUUGUUGGGGCGGUUCUGGUGGAGAAAGAGGACGCUGUUAUUAAACAAGAACACACUUCAAGGCUGCUUUUGGAGUGCAUUUCUCCAAAGUGCGAGUUUAAUGUGUUCCAUUGUACAAAAACCUAGUUUAACAAAUUUGAAUUCCAAGUAUAGUCUAUGUUUAUAUAAGCAUGUUGAAUCAAUUAAAAAGAUUGGAAUUACCGACCAACUGAUGUAAAAGAAGAGAUCUUGGUUGAAAAAGCCAAAUCCAAACCAUGAAAAUGGAAAUCAAUCAAUAAAAGUUCAAUCUUUGUGAUGCAUUUUAAUAUCUUGUGCAACUUUGAAUUA